GACACCAUGAAGGUGUUCCCGGUGUACAUGAACAGCCUGAUGAGGACGGCCCCCUUGGUGGGCAGCACGGAGCUGUCCACGGACGACCGCGCCCACCAGCGGCUGGUCGUCAUGGCCAUGGGCGUGGAGGACACCCAGCUGCUGCUGUACCCCCGCCUCAUCCCACUGCACAACAUGGAGCUGGAGGGCGAGGCGGUGCCGUCGCCGCUGCGCUGCUCCGAGGACCGCCUGUCCGACGGCGGAGCCUUCCUGCUGGAGAACGGCCACGCCCUCUUCCUGUGGCUGGGCCAGGCCUGCCCCCCCGAGCUCAUCCAGGGGCUAUUCAACCUGCCCUCGCUCGCUCACCUGCAGCCCAACACGAUUGCAGAACAUAUGCAACAGUGCCCCCUGGGGUCACACUUUUCGGUGGGUCGCAGAAUUCGGUGUAAUCCCGGUGCGCCUCGCCUACGGUGGCUGUGGACCUGUGGUCUGCAGUGCUUAUGA